UGCAAGGCCAAGACCAGUGAAGACGCGUCACUCGGACCCAGAAGAGUAAAGAUAAACGGACUCCAGUGCACUGCCUCACACCUCCUCACCGCCAUGGUGCUCCUGCUGAUGUCCGUCACUGUGCUGCAUCUGAUCACUCUGGCCAUGCUCCUCAUCGCCACCAUAGAGAAGUCCUGGUGGGUGUGGACAGAUUCUGAAAUCACAGACCUGUGGUACAACUGCUUCCACGAUAAUGUGACAAAUAACUGGUUGUGUGCAGCUACUAAUGAAAACGACUGGUUACAGUCCGUCCAGGCCCUGAUGGUGCUGUCUGCGGUCCUGUCCUCCAUCUCCUUCGUGGUGUUUCUGGGUCAGCUGUUCACCAUGUCCACCGGAGGGCUCUUCUACUUCACAGGCCUCUGCCAAACCUUCUCAGGUUUCACCGCCUUCGCUGCAUGCCUCAUUUUCACGUUCCACAGAAAGGAGAUUUUGGACGACUCCAGAGAUCUGACCGCGGGACACUUUGGCUACUGCUUCAUCCUGGCCUGGUUGUGUGUCCCCCUCCUCCUCGUCAGUGGAGUCCUGUACGUCCACCUGCGCAAGAAGCAGUGAGCCAAAAAACCAAACAGCAGAAAAACAAAACAGAAGGGACAAAAGGGAAGCCAAGGCGUACGACCUACAUAUGAUGCUCUUUACUGAUGAUCAUCCACCAGUCAUCAGUAAACACCCACAAGUCCUCCACAUAGAUCAUUUGCACACAUAAGACACGGGACGACUAACAAGGAAAUACCUCUUUAUAAAAUGAAGCAUUAUUUUCAUUUGACUGCAUAUUCACAGAGAACAGAAGUUUUGUCAUGACAACUGUGUUAUGGAGGACAUUAUGUGUUUGUGUAGACACAUUCUUGAACUGAAAUAUAACAGAAAUUCACGUUUACACCACAGCUUCCCCCCGUGCACAGUGGAUUGUAUGAUUUUGUAACACCUUGCUGCAAAAAUGUGCAUAUUAAUGAGGAAAAGCAACCCAACAUAACUCCUUAAUGCUUUAUGACGGGGAGUUCAUAAUCCCAUUCAUUUAUUACACAAAGAUACACAUGUUGGCAUAGAAAUAUUUGCUAAUUAACACAUUGAUUAGCUUAUUUAUUUAGCUUAUUUUAUGUGAUUAUGUUCAAUGUAUUAUUAUAUGGUAAUCUCGCCAUGUGGUAAUGAUUUUGGGACAUUAGGUAGCUCAAGCGUCUCAAAUUUUUGUAUUGUGUCCCUUGUGAAUAUUUACUUAUUAAACCAUGCAUCCU